AUGUCCAAAUAUAAUAGAUAUACCACUUUAUCUGAUCUUGGUUCUUAUAUUGAAAAAGAAGUUAUUGUCCAAUUCAAUGAUGGAAAAGAAAUUGAAGGAGUAUUACAAAACUACGACGACCGCUUUAAUUUAUUUUUAACUAAUGCCACCCAACAUAUUAAUGAAAAUGAACCAAGUGUAUCAAUAAAAACAACAAGAAAAUUAGGUGAUGUCUUUUGCAAAGGAAGUUCUGUAUUAGAAGAACUCAUAAAUUUUUGGGUUUUUAAGGGAUUGUUGGAGAUGAGUGCCAAAGUCGCCACAGCCGUUCAAAGAGAAGCUUGCACAAAAACUGUUUGUCCAUGUAAGGCUAGAUGUCAAGCAUUCAGAGCUGAAGUUAUUAAAAGAACAAUUAAAAAUCAUAAAGACAUUGAAGCCACUAAGAAAGCUAUUUAUCUUGCUAAGAAGAAAGCUGAAAUUAACGGUGAUUUAUAUGCUGAAGCUGAUCCAAAAUUAAUCGUUGCUAUUAGAAUUAGAGGUAUUAAUGGAGUUUCACCAAAGAUUAAAAAAAUUCUUAAACUCCUUAGAUUAAGACAAAUUAAUAAUGCCGUCUUUAUAAAAGCCAAUGCUUCAACCAUUAAAAUGUUGAGACUUGUUGAUCCAUAUGUUACUUAUGGUUAUCCAACUUUAGAAACUGUCCAAAAACUUAUUUACAAACGUGGAGCUCUUAAAAUUCAUGGAAAUAGAAUGCCAAUCACUUCCAACUGUAUGAUUAAGAAAGCUCUUGGAGACAAAGAUAUCGUUUGUGCUGAUGAUCUCAUUCAUGAAAUUUACACUGUUGGAAAACAUUUUAAAGAAGUCAACAAUAAACUCGCUCCAUUCAAAUUAAAUGGUGCUAAAAUUGCUGAAAAGAACAAGAAGAUUCAUUUCAUUCUUGGAGGAGGAUUUGGAAAUCGUGAAUUACUUAUUAACAAGCUCAUUGCUAAAAUGAACUAA